CGCUGCUGCUCUCAUGAGCCGCCGGAGACCGAAUGGAGACAGAAGCGCCCCAGCCCGGACUGCCGCCCCCGGACUCUGCGCACGAUCCCUGUAAAAUGUUCAUCGGGGGACUGAGCUGGCAGACAACUCAAGAGGGACUUCGGGAAUAUUUUAGUCAAUUUGGGGAUGUCAAGGAGUGUCUUGUGAUGAGAGAUCCAUUGACCAAAAGAUCCAGGGGUUUUGGAUUUGUUACAUUUAUGGAUCAGGCUGGCGUGGACAAAGUUUUGGCUCAAUCAAGGCAUGAACUGGACUCAAAGACGAUUGACCCAAAAGUGGCGUUUCCUCGUAGGGCCCAACCCAAGAUGGUGACAAGGACAAAGAAGAUAUUUGUGGGAGGACUGUCAGUGAACACAACUGUAGAAGAUGUGAAGCAAUAUUUUGAACAGUUUGGGAAGGUGGAUGAUGCUAUGUUAAUGUUUGACAAAACAACUAACCGGCACAGAGGAUUUGGAUUUGUCACCUUUGAAGGUGAGGACAUAGUGGAGAAGGUUUGCGAGAUACAUUUCCACGAAAUCAACAAUAAAAUGGUUGAAUGUAAGAAGGCACAGCCCAAAGAGGUUAUGUCCCCAACUGGGUCUGUGCGGGGCCGUUCACGCGUUAUGCCGUAUGGAAUGGAUGCUUUCAUGUUGGGCAUUGGAAUGCUGGGUUAUCCUGGAUUCCAAGCAGCAACCUAUGCUAGUCGCAGCUACACAGGCAUAGCACCAGGGUACACUUAUCAGUUCCCAGAGUUUCGUGUAGAGAGAACCCCUCUCCCGGGCACCCCCGUCCUCCCAGAACUCACAGCGAUCCCCCUUACUGCAUAUGGACCAGUAGCCGCAGCAGCAGCAGCUGUAGUAAGAGGCUCCACUCCAACCCGCACAGGGGGGUUUCUGGGAACCAGCAGCCCAGGACCAAUGGCAGAACUGUACGGGGCAGCCAAUCAGGAAUCAGCGGUCAGCAGCUACAUCAGUGCAGCCAGUCCAGCCCCCAGCACAGGAUUUGGACACAGUCUUGGGGGCCCUCUGAUUGCCACAGCAUUCACCAAUGGGUACCACUGAGGCUUCAGGUCACUGCCGAGGUUUGACUAUGGAAGCAUCUCCAGCCCAUGACUAUGAUUUCUCCCCUCUCAAACUAUUUGACGCCUGCACAUUAUCUUAUAUUCCUGCAAAGUAACAGACUUGGUGCCUCCUGCAUAACACCUCCUUUACAUCCCAGAAGCAGUUUUAUUUAUUUCUUGUUCUUUUACAUUUGGUUCAAAUACUUUUUGCCCAAUUUUAGUUUUGUGUUUGUGUCCAAGUUAUAGCGGUUUUGGGAAACCUUUCCUGUUAUUGUGUUUUUGUCCUGGUGAAAUGCAGGGAAACCUCUGUACACAAUGCUGGAGGGAGGGGAGACCAUCUUUGGGCCUAAACGUCUGGGAAUAUUAUUGUGUUUUGUUUUUUGUUUGUUUUUUUUUUUUUAAAUAUUUUAUGUAAAUUUCGGCUUUUAAAAUGUGUAAAACUGAGAAUUUGAAUGAACCGUGCACAAGAACAAGACAAAUGUAUAUUUUGCUAAAGAAAAAAAACUAUUUGUAGAACAGAAAUUAUUUUAAUUUUCUCAAAAGUGGUUUGAAUUUUUUUUUCCUCUGUAAAAUAUGUAAAUAUUGCAGACUGAUCAUUCUGCCUCCUCUUGGUCAAAAAUGACCUGGGCUUCGUGGUUGCCUACUUGGGCCUGUAUUUUAGCAAUAUUUUCAUAAAUAUCUAAAUGAAUUGACAGGUCUUUUUUAUAUACCUUUUAUUAUGAGUUUAAAAAAAAAAAGAGACUUCAGUCCAUAUGAAUAAGCUGGGACGCACUCAGUGUGUGAGAAUCCUGAACACCCCCAGCUUUAAAAUUCCUUACCGAUUUUUAGUCUCAAAGCGAAUUAACUUUUUUUUUUACAUGUCACUGCUCAUCUCUGGGGGGGGGCUUCAUUUUAAAGAGGUUGCAAAGUUGGAACUUACCUCAGUAUAAAAAAAAAUCUUCCUGAAAGAAUAUUCUAAUUGAAUAUUUAUUAAUGCAUAAUAAGGGUGUCUCUGAGAAAUUCACAUGCAAUAAAGGGACAUAAAACAAGUUGGGAUAGAGACAAAAUAUAAUGUGUACUUUAAUUCCUUUAUCUGCAAAUAUAUACUGCACUGCCUCGCUAUUAACCCUUUCCUUUAAGUUUACGAUUUGUACAGCUCUAACUCUGCCCACACAAUUCCUUCUAUGGCUGUAUCUAUAUCUACCAUUGGUUUGGUAGAAUGCAGACGUACACAGUGAUUAUCUGCUGGAGCAUACCUAGAAGCAAAUAAACUACUGUGAAAUACAAUGCCUGUGUUUCUGAUGCUAAACACUUAUAAGGGUGGGUGGAUCAGACUAAUACAGACAGCAUAGCUGUAUGUUUGCUUAUUUUUGAAAAUUAUUUUAAAAUACUUGCUAGCAAUUUUUAAACAAUUUUUUAUGCAAACUAUUUUUUUACUUAAUUAGCCCUUUUAGGAUAUGCACAGAUCUCAACAUGUUUUAUGGCACUUUAAGGCACUAACUUGGUAUUUUGUUUUAUUAUUAUUAAUAUAUAUAUUUUUUUUUAAUCAAGGCCAUACCUAUGAAGUUUCCCACCAAAACUCUUGUAUUUAUGGGCUUGUUUUACAAUAUAUUAAAACAGAUGCAAAUCAUAUUCUGUUUCAUAUUGGUUUCAUUUAAAGUCGAAAAUAAAUAAUAUACCAGCCUUCCACAUUUUCUUCAUUCAAAAUUCUGUCCCCCCGGGAAGGGAAUUGUGUAAUCUACAAAAAAAGUUAAUUAUGACAGGGGCUUCAUACAGCGAAAACUACUGCAAAAUUCUAAGCAAUAAUAUUUGUUACUGCAACUGGAUUUUUUUAAAAAGAUAGCUCAAAAUAAAUGAUGAAUUUUAUUUCUGUG